GGGCGUGUCCUUGGCCGCCAUCACGUCGCCGCAGGACCGCACGUUUUACCUGCUGCGUGUCUCACCUGCUAUGAGUUCUAGCGUCACUCUGAACCAGCGUCCUGCAGGUCUGAAGAUGGAGGACAUUCAAACCAAACUCGACAAUUACCGAACGGCUCCGUUUGACGCCAGAUUCCCCAAUCAGAACCAGACCAAGAACUGCUGGUCUAACUACCUGGACUUCCACCGCUGCCAGAAGUCUCUGACGGCCAAAGGAGUGGACGUGACUCCGUGUGACUGGUACAGGAGGGUGUACAAGUCCCUCUGCCCCAUGUCCUGGGUCCAGAAGUGGGAGGAUCAGCGAGCGGACGGAACCUUCCCAGGAAAGAUAUGAGCUGAGGGUGGAGAACACUGUCAGCCCUCCACCACCUGCUGCUGUUAACAUGGGAGCCAGCAGACAUUAUUCAACGGAACAAAGUCUGAUUAAAACGCUUCAAUUAUUGAAUAUCAUGGAGCUGUUCUUCCUUGUUUUUCCCGUAUUGAAUAUAAUUAAAAAGAAUAAAUCAUGUUGUGUAGUUUUUAAUAUAAAUAUAUAUGAAUAUCUUUCCACAACCCACUUUCUCAAGACUACAAUGCAUGAACUCAUAGCGGCCGGGUUAGGGUUAGGGUCGGCCAUACCUUAACCCUAGCCCCCUAGGGUUAGGGUCGACCUUACCUUAACCCUUACCUUAACCCUAGCCCUAACCUGUUCGUGCUGAGCUGUCAGUCCACAACAAACUCAGAAACGUUGUUCCCCAUUUUUUAUUAACACUUAAAUAAUCCUACAACCAAUGUACACACGAAUGAACAAGCUAAAAAAAUAAGAUGUUGACGCGAAAAAAACUACGAAGAGAAGAUAACAUAUUGAGAUGAAAUACAUAAAACUGCAUUUUAUUGAUGUGUGAAUGAACUUCCUCCUGUCAAAUGUUUCACAUGUUUUAGUUACCUCAGUCAGUACCACACGAAAACAAAGAAACAACUAUUACAAGUAGUGGAACUACAAGUACAACUUUUCCCCCAUUUGUAAUCUAUUUUCCCUUUGAGGUAUCUUAAUAGUGCAUAUUAAAAA